UUCUCUGCUUUCAUUUUCGGCAGGUCCCCUCUCCUCGUGCUGUUCUUGCAUCUCUUCCUAGGAAACGCUUUACACAAUUUAGGCAUUUCGUUUCUGAUCGUUUCUCACACGUAUUCUUCAACUCGUUAACCAUUUCUAGGGUCUGCCAUUGUCGCAAAGAGAGCUCCCACUACUAUGUCAGUUGCCUCUUCAAGCUUCAAUCUCUUCCAUUCCGCCGUUCCUUCCAACCCAGAUGUCUUUCCUUCGAUUCUCGAAGUUAGAGCUUCCGGAUGCUUUAGAUGGCCUUGUUCUGAAUCCACUGGCUCUUUCAAGCUUGUUGCUCUUCGUCAUUCGUCGAAACUGAACUGUCGUGUUCGGCUUCAUUGUGUUUCGUCCGAGUCGGCGGCUGAGACCAUCGCGGCAUCGGAAGACGGUAGGACUGGAAGCGCAGAGAACUCUAAGUCUUUUGAUGUUAACUCUGAACCUCGAAUUGGUGGGGAUGGUGGCAUUGGAGGAGGCGGGAAUUCAUUUGGUGGCGGCGGCGGCGGAGAUGGAAAUGGAAAUGGUGAUAGCGAGGAUGAGAGGGAGUUUGGGCCCAUACUAAAAUUUGACGACGUGAUCAAGGAGGCAGACGCUCGAGGAGUGAGACUCCCUCCGGAUAUGCUCGAGGCUGCUAAGGCUACCGGGAUUCGGGAAGUUUUUCUGCUCCGUUAUUUGGACUUGCAGGGAUCAGGUUGGUUGUUAGGCUUCUUGAUGAAUUCUUGUUCCAUGUUUCGGGACCGAAUGCUUGCUGACCCAUCUUUUCUAUUUAAAGUUGGAACAGAGGUAGUAAUAGACUCAUGCUGUGCUACAUUUGCCGAAGUUCAGAAAAGGGGCGAGAAUUUCUGGGCAGAGUUCGAGUUAUUUGCUGCUGAUCUUUUGGUCGGUGUAGUUGUUGACGUUGCUUUGGUUGGUAUGUUAGCACCAUAUGCUCGUAUAGGACAGCGACCUGUGUCACGAGGUUUAUUGGGACAGAUGCAAAAUGCUUAUUCUUCUCUUCCUAGCAGUGUUUUUGAAGCUGAAAGGCCGGGGUGUAGAUUCACAGUGAAGCAGAGAAUUGCAUCAUAUUUCUACAAGGGUGUCUUGUAUGGCUCGGUGGGAUUCGGGUGUGGUCUCAUUGGCCAGGGGAUUGCUAAUUUGAUCAUGAAUGCAAAACGGUGCAUAAAGAAAUCAGAUGAGGAUGUACCUGUGCCUCCUCUCAUUCAGAGUGCUGCUCUCUGGGGUGUUUUCCUUGCGGUAUCUUCCAACACUCGUUAUCAAAUAGUGAACGCGCUCGAGCAGGUGGUCGAAGCAUCGCCUUUGGCAAAGAAGAUUCCGCCGGUGGCAAUGGCUUUCACAAUCGGUGUGCGGUUUGCCAACAACAUUUACGGUGGUAUGCAGUUUGUGGAUUGGGCAAGAUGGAGCGGGGUUCAAUAAAUUUAACAUCCAGAUCCAUUCAUUGCCCUUACUUUGCCUUCCUAUAACAUCCAGAUCCGGUGGCAAUGUUAUAUCAUAUAUUUAUCUCUGACUUUGAGUGAGUUCUCCUUAUGAAUUCAUAAUUGAUACCGAUAGGUUUUAGGCUUUAGGUUUAGGAACUCUGUGUUGUGCCCGAGUUGGGUUGCACUUAUAGCGAAUAGGGAUGUCAAUUUUCUCCUUUGCUAGUACUUAGGAGUUGGUAGGAUCCAAGUUUUAUCUAUUGGAUARUUUUGGUUUUGUAUGGAAAUUAUGUAGUCCCAUUCGGCCAUGAAUUAGACAAAUUCUAGGAUUUAUUUAGCAAAACAUGCAUAGUUUAGUCAUUUAUGUUCUGAAACUGUGGCUGAUAUCGUUAAUCUCAAUGUUAGUAAUGGCCAACAUGAGCGUAGCACAACCGUUAAUGUAUCUUGCUCAUUUUCUAUCAGUCGAAGGUUUAAUCUUUAUCCCUACAUUUGCUAUGCUAAACAAAUCUGAAUGGUAAUGUUGUAGGUCACAAAUUGUCAUCCAAACAUAUUACCUAUUAACGAUAGUGGAUCUGGCAAAUAUGCUUGAUUUGAGAUUGAAUGCUAGUCUUUUAUUCUUUUA